AUGAACACCUACAUCACUUUGGCUUGCUUGUUGGCCGUAGCCACGACCGGCCACGGCUCUGCCCUGGGUGUCGGUUGGGGUGGUCUGGGCGGCUAUGGCGGCGUUGGAGGGUGGGACGGACUUGGAGGAUGGGGUGGUUCUGGAGUUUCAAUCAUCAAGGUACCCAUCCUAGCGCCGGCGAUAUCAACUCAAAACCUCAUUAAGGCCGCCCCCAUUCCCAUUGUCAAAAGCGUUGCAGUUUCCCCCAUAAUAACUGCUCCCAUUCUUAAAACCGUCCCCAUCUCUACCGUAGGACUGGGAUCCCUCGGAGGUCUCGGUUGGGGUCUGAACGGAGGAUACGGUUACGGCGGUUUGGGUAGCGGACUUUGGGGCAAAGGCUGGGGCAAAUUGUAAACUCAAUUUCGGACGAAGUAAACCACUACACUA